CCUCUAAGCCCAACCAGCUGGCAGCGUUAGUGCAUCAGUUCUCUGUAGCAGAAAGGUGCCAGCUGGCUCCAUAAAGGUUGCACUUCACCCUGCAGGCAAGAUGUUCCUGAUGUGGCUGCUGGGCCUUGGACCUUUGCUUUUUUGUAUCUCUGCCAGUGCAGAUAACUUGACAUUCCAUAUUGGUUCUGUGACUGGAAUUUUGGAAGACUUGGAAUACCAUUUGAAAGGGCCCCCAGACCUGACUAUGACAGAGCUUUUCCAGGAGCUGGAGUGUUGCCAGAGCGAGUUGUGCCAGCUUUUCCUGGGCCCAGUGACAUCAGUGUCCUCAGAUUUACCUUACUUGAGUGAGCAGCAGAUCAUUUUCCUCAAACACCUGGUGAAUCACAAGGUUGAUGGUUCUUUGGUAGAACAUGGAGUGGUCUUGACUCCUGAUGGGACAACAGUUUCAUUCAGUCCUCUUCUUGCUGGAAUAGCAGCUGGAUUCAAGAGGAGACAUGAAACAACUCUGCUUGACACACCUUUGAUCACAGAUCCCUCCAACAGUUCUAAUGUUGAGCUACAUCUUGCUUUGGACCCCCUCUAUGCCACAACGAUUGCCAUGGACCUUGGCAAAGCCUUUCUCCUCUUUCACACUAAGCAAACCCAGGUGGCUCUGGGGCCAAAUGGCUGCUGGGACAGUAUCUCUGCACCUCAAAAAUUCACUUUGAUGGGUCCUCCCUCACAUAUUCCUGAUGCUUUUAUCAAUGGUGCAAUGGAUGGCUUCAUUCUGGGCACUUACUUGGCAGCAAAAGCUGAUCCAAUAUCCAACAUUAGCAGCCUGCUGAAUGAUUACUAUGGAGGAGAGGGCUUGGAAGGUGAAAGUCAGAUCCGGAGCAACUUCCGACAACAGAACUUUGAAGCUCUGGUGAGCAAAGAAAAGCUAAGGAAGCAGGUAGAGAUUUCCCUCCACCUGCUCUGGAGGCUGAAUGAAACCAGUCCCUUCUUUGAAGGCAUCACGAGUGAGGAACUGAUGUUUCUUGCAAACCAGGCUGUAGAAGAGUUCAUGGCAUUGUUUGUAGAGUGUCCUGCAAUUAUCCCACGGUGCAUGUGGGGGGCCCGGCCCUAUAGAGGAACACCUACUCAGCUUAAGUUGCCCUUGGCCUUUGUAUACAUCCACCAUACUCAUACCCCUGCAAAGCCAUGCCGCACCUUUGCAUCAUGUGCAGCUGACAUGCGUUCCAUGCAGCGAUUUCACCAGGAUGUCCGUGGCUGGGAUGACAUUGGCUACAGCUUUGUUGUUGGAGGCGAUGGUUAUAUGUACCAGGGGCGGGGCUGGCACUGGGUAGGAGCACACACAAAGGGCUACAACAGCAAAGGCUAUGGCAUCAGUUUCAUCGGGGACUACAUGAAGGUACUGCCAGACGCUGUUGAUCUGGAGCUUGUGAAGAACAAUUUCAUGCAAUGUGCAGUGAGGGGCGCCAAGUUGCAGGCCAAUUACACCGUCUAUGGGCACCGCCAAAUGGGGCACACCCUAUGCCCAGGAGACAGACUCUUCCAAGAGAUAGAAACAUGGAAAGGUUUCAAACGGAGGUGCUUUAUGGACAACGGUGUUCAUCGCUGCAUCUAACCUACAGCAUAGAGCUUCCUGAUUCAAGAGGAGUCUUCAAGAAUCCAUCAUCUUGUAAACCAACAGAGAAUGACAUCAGUGCCCUAGUCAAACACCAGAGGCCAGCUGUUCCAACAUCUGCAAUGAACAAAUUCAAAUUCUUCAACCAAAGUAACUUAUGAAAGUCAUCCAAUUAAAUAUUUUGAUUUGAAAAUUUGGGGAAUGCAUAUACAAGAUACGUGGGACAAUGAUGGAGGCAUUAGUGUGGAAGAGAGCGGCUUUCAGUGAAAAAAGGUACUUACGUGUGUAAAUCAGUGUUUCCCCUGCUUAAAAACACUUCCCUGAACCAGAGCAGAGCAGCACCCUCUUCUCAUGCAGCCCUGAUUCUGAGUACCAUAGAGGGGGGAGAUUCAGGGCUAGCUGUGCAAUAAGAUGUCUGGCCAUCCUCUAACCCAGCCUUUCCCAACCAGUGUGCCUCCAGAUGUUGUUGGACCACAACUCCCAUUUUUCCUGACCAUUGGCAAUGCUGGCUGAGGCUGGUGGGAGUUGUGGACCAACAACAUCUGGAGGCACACUGGUUGGGAAAGGCUGCUCUAACCUGUGAAACUGCAGGGUAAGGUUUUUCUUUUACUCCUUCCCUUCCCCAGUGUCUAGAAUUCUUACCAUACUAUAGUGCUGUAGGUUGCUAAGGGUUUUUUACGGCUGGCUGCACUACUCACCCCAACCUCAGCAGUACAGGGGCUGUUUUUAACUUUCCUCCCCUCCCCACAGUGGCUGCUUCUACACUAUAGCCCUUUAGCACUGCAGGCCACUGUAAUUACCCAGCAGUGCCUUCCCCAUUGCUUCUAUAAUGUUCACUCACGUCAGUCCCAUCCAGCACAGCUCCCUUCCAACGUUAACUUCCUGUUUGCAGAUCCUGGCCAUGUUAUUGCCUCCCCUUGGAUUGCACUUGCACAAUUCCUGAUGAAUAGCCUCUACCUCAAUGUCUGUUUCUGUUCUGGGCAGGACUUGCAAAUAGGAAGCUUUUAAUUAAAGGCAUAGCAACCUUGAAAA